AGAAAGUAGGUGAGGCUGAGAGAUUGGCCUGCGGGAGCGGAGAAUUCAUCUGACUGGGAGAUUAGGUGAAUCAGAGUGACACAAAGCUGGACCUUACAGUUGGAGUCUCUCCGUGGACAGAACAGCUGGGACCUCAGAGUGACAGCGGGGAGUCUGGGCCUUCACAACUUCCCUUGUCCUCCAUCUCAGUCUGACUCGCCAAGAGGGACUCUGUUGACACAGCCACUAACAGAGAUAGACCUUCACACACAGCACACAUAUUGCGCACUGGAACUAUGGGGACAGUGAGUGAACUUUGCGUGUCCAGCCUUCAGACAUUUUUGUGUCCUGCUGUGAAGGCGCCCCAGCAAGCUCCAGUGCCGGACGACCUCACCCCAGAGGAGAAGCAGGAGCUGGAGAAUAUCCGCCGGCGCAAGCAGGAGCUGCUGGAGGACAUUCAGCGGCUGAAGGAUGAGAUAGCAGAAGUGACGAGUGAGAUUGAGAACCUGGGUUCCACUGAGGAGAGGAAAAACAUGCAGAGGAAUAAACAGGUGGCCAUGGGCCGUAAAAAAUUCAACAUGGACCCCAAAAAGGGGAUCCAGUUCCUGAUUGAGAAUGACUUGCUGAAGAAUACCAGCGACGACAUCGCUCAAUUCCUCUACAAGGGCGAGGGUCUCAACAAAACGGCCAUUGGCGAUUACCUCGGAGAGAGAGAUGAAUUCAAUAUCCAAGUCCUCCACGCCUUUGUGGAGCUUCAUGAGUUCACAGACCUCAACCUGGUUCAGGCCCUAAGACAGUUCCUGUGGAGUUUUCGACUACCGGGAGAAGCUCAGAAGAUCGACCGCAUGAUGGAGGCCUUCGCUCAGCGUUACUGCCAGUGCAACUCUGGCGUUUUCCAGUCCACAGACACCUGUUACAUCCUGUCAUUUGCCAUCAUCAUGCUAAACACCAGCCUCCAUAAUCCCAAUGUGAAGGACAAACCUUCUGUGGAACGUUUCAUCUCCAUGAACAGAGGCAUCAACGAUGGAGGAGACUUACCUGAAGACCUGCUCAGGAAUCUGUAUGACAGCAUCAAAAAUGAGCCUUUCAAAAUCCCAGAGGACGACGGCAACGAUCUCACACACACUUUCUUCAACCCAGACAGAGAGGGCUGGCUGCUAAAACUGGGGGGACGAGUAAAAACCUGGAAGAGGAGGUGGUUCAUCCUCACAGACAACUGUCUGUACUACUUUGAGUACACCACAGACAAAGAGCCCAGAGGAAUCAUCCCGCUGGAGAACUUGAGCAUCAAGGAGGUGGAGGAUAAGAAGCCAAACUGUUUUGAGCUUUUCAUUCCUGACAACAAAGACCAAGUGAUAAAAGCGUGCAAAACCGAGGCUGACGGACGCGUCGUGGAGGGCAACCACACCUUCUACCGUAUCUCUGCGCCCACUGCUGAGGAAAAAGAAGAAUGGAUGAACAGCAUCAAAGCUGCCAUCAGCAGGGACCCUUUUUACGAGAUGCUGGCAGCCAGGAAAAAGAAGGUGUCAUCCAUGAAGAGGCACUAGAGCCACUCAGCGUUCCCGAUAUUGCACUUGACAGAGCACUGGGUCCAGGUUUCUCUUCACCCUGUCAGGGCUAGUGCAGAGGCCACGGUUGAGGUCUACCUCAGACCUCUCCAGGGGAUUUUUACUAGGAUACAUAAUAGCUCUGGCUUUGGGACUCUACUGGCCUGAAAAGCAGGAAGCAUGCUGGGGUUUCUAGAUAAGAGUCAGGGCCAAAGCCUCCUCUAACCUCCUGUCUGAAUGUCUCUCUUUCUCUCUCAGCUUUGUGUGUGCUCUCUGUCUAGGAAGCCGAAAGGGAAUCUUGCUGCAGCAAAAUCCUUCUCGAAGAUGCUUUAAAAUAAGAACACAGUUCCCAUAUACAUUGCAAAUGUACGCGACAUGCAUACACUCAUGCAGUUCCCUGUAGCACACGUCGUUUUAACUCAGCAGGUCUGACCGAGUGUGGCGCCCCAACCAAAAUAUUCCUCGCUUUAUGAAAGAAAAGUGAAGACCUUUUCUAAUGUGCUUUAAUAUUUGGGUAAUAUGUGUCUAUUUUUACAGCUUUUACUGUCAAUUCCUCUUGAGUCUUUUUUGUUUGUUUGCUUUUGUAAAAUAAAAUGGUCUUGCAAGAGAAACUGCGGUGGGGGGUGGGGGGUGGGGGGCAGAUGUGGGAGGGUGGGGUGUAUAAUUUGCUGUUAGUGAUUUUAUAGAAAAAAAUGGAAAACAAAAACAUGUCUGUUUAAAAAAAAAAAGUUGCCACUCAGGAGAUUGUUGCGAUGUUCUGAAACUUUCUGUGUCAGCGCUAACGUGGAUCCUGUUCACGACACGACAACCAUGCAAGGAACUGAAAACCUCGUCUGUGUCCCAGACUGAACUGUUUUUGUAAAUGUGAAGCUGUAGUGUGGGGAGGUACCACUGCAGGUGAGGGUGUCUGCUUGUCUGGACAGGGUCUCAGUGUUGGAUCUGGCUCUCACUGUUCAUUUCCUGAAGGUCCUGGAGAUUCAUCCUGGGGAUUAGAGUCUUUUAAAGGGACGAUUGUCCAUCACCCUUUGCCUCUUUUUGAGGUCUUAGGUUGUCUGGAAAACAGACAUGUCGACCCCGUUUUGCUUUUGCUCCACGUACAUUUUUUUUUUCUUGCCAUCACCUCUCGUCUCAAACGCAAGACCACUUUCUGUUUCUGUAUCAUUAAAAAAUAGAAAAAGCAAUUUAUUUGUUAGAAAAGUUACGUUACUGCUGCACAGUGCCUGGCGCUCUAGACGAAACGUGAUGAGAAAUGCUGCUGGUUAGCGACAGUAAUUCACAGUUUUCUUUUCCCACUCGAACAACAUUUAAUCUUUGUUUCCUACCUUUAUCAUACUUUUUCUUUGUGGAGGGUUACCUAUUUAAUGGUAAAAUGAAUCACAUUACAUUUUAGCCCUCAGCCCAACCUCACGAUCGUUGUACAAUAUUAUGUGCUUCAGGUUGUUUAUGUAUAAGACAUUAUAAAUGACGUAUUGUUGCAGAAGCUUUAAAGCAGCACAGAUAAAUGUGUGGUGAAGCUAUGCCUGUAAAGGAAUGGGUUAUCCCCGUCUCAGGAAGCGUGAUGUGAAACAAUACAAAACUACUGCUUGUAUCAGGAAUGUACUGUGGUGAACCAAAAGAUGGAGGGCAGGAUGUGUGAUUGGUCAUGCCACGGCAGUGACAUGUCAUCUUGUCCAAUAGCAAAAACUGCGUUGAGGUACAAUUUUGCAAAUACAGUCUGAGUUGUGCGUCAAGCAGUUGUCUUUUCUACUUUUGUCUACAGUUGUCUCCUCUCUCGUCUGUGCCUGCUGGUCAUUAUCCUUUGUCCUCACCUGUUCCGUUUUCCGGUUCUCUUCUUCUCGGCUCCUUUCAGCGCACUAAUCCUAGAGAAAUAAGGAAAACUGCUAAACAAUCAUAAUUCUAGACAGUAUUGGUUUAUUUAUCAAAGUUGUACAUACUUAUAUGUAUAGUGGGUAUUUUGUCUUCAUUUUGUUUCUUAGUUGUGCCAUUUUCUUUUCUUUUUCAGUUCAGUAAUGUUUGAUUUGAGGUUUCUAUCAUUGCCAUUUAAUCAAGCUGAAAUAAAGAUUUGUCACAAAUACUGGCUGUGAAUGGCUUUUGCAGCACCGAAAGUCAAAGAACUCAUGUUAUAGCUUGCUCCAGCAGGUGGCAGUAUGUGACAAGCACUGUAGAGGUACUCCUCUGCAAAAGACAAGUCUAACAGUAUUGCAGCAAACGAGGUUUUACAUGGAUUUUUACACUAAGUACUAAUUACAGCUGAAUUAUAGUCAGGUCUGCAAAUCAAAAACUAAUUAAAUCAAGGGUUAAUUGAAAUCAACCUUCUGUAUUUUCAUGAACACUGAAUGCUCAUUCCUCUUGAAGGCGACUUUUACAUUGAAUCAUUCCUUCUCUGUUUUGACUGCACAACUUCCAAAGCAUUCUUCCAACCACAUUUACUGUAGCUUCUAUUAAAAAACCCCCAAGCUUC